GCCUGGAGCUCGGAGGCGUUUGUUUAGGAAGAAGGGGUCGUCAUGAGUCGCUUGCGGGAGGAGGAGGAUCCCUAUGUAAUCGAAGAGCCCAGCGACGAGGAGCCGGCACAGAGCAGCUCUGAAGACGAAGUGGAUGUGCUUUUACACGGCACCCCAGAGCAGAAGCGCAAACUGAUAAGAGAAUGUCUGACUGGAGAAAGUGAAUCCUCUAGUGAAGAUGAGUUCCAAAAAGAAAUGGAAGCUGAACUGGACUGCACCAUGAAAAAUAUUGAAGGCAAAUGGAAGUUGCAGCUUACAGGUGCAGCUUCUACUGCUGGGCAAUCUGGAACUGUCACCACUUCAAAGUACUAUGAUGACAUUUAUUUUGAUUCUGAUUCAGAGGAAGAAGACAAAGUAGUUUCGCAAGAAGUCAAGAAAAAAAGAAAGCAUAAACAGCGUCGAAUUCCAACUAAUGAUGAGUUGCUCUACGACCCAGAAGAAGAUAAAAGAGAUCAGGAAUGGGUAGACAGGCAAAGAAGAAGAUACCAUAAUAUAAGAAGUGCUCAGACUGAAGGGAAGCAAGCCAAACUUCCAGUCAUUCCCAGCAGUGAUGCUGUUUUGAACUGUCCUGCCUGCAUGACUACAUUAUGCCUCGACUGUCAGAGACAUGAAACAUACAGAACUCAGUACAGAGCAAUGUUUGUGAUGAACUGCACUGUUAUCAAAGAGGAGAUUUUGAAAUACAAAGGCCCAUUGAACAAGAAGACAAAGAGAGUGCACAAGAAAAUUAAACAGAGUAUUGAAUCUGUUGCUGGCCUGGAAAAACAGGAAGAGGAGGAGGAGAUAUAUCACCCAGUAAAAUGUACUGAAUGUUCAACAGAAGUGGCUGUCUUGGAUAAGGAUGAAGUUUUUCACUUUUUCAACGUUCUAGCAAGUCACUGCUAAAAUGCAUCAGUCAUGUAUGUUGUUUAAAAUCAUAUUACAUUUCAAAGGCAGAGGCUCUUUGUUUGUUUUCUUUGGUAUCAUCUAUAAAAAGAUCCACUUUAUCUGAUAUGGAUAUUAUUUCUUUGUUAUACUGUCUGUAGAGGUAAUACGAGUGAACUAAUUUAUGUACACAUUAAUAGAAUAGUUGCUUAUGUAUAUAUUUUUCUUUUAAUCCUGCUCAUCAGAAUAAAAACAUCUUUAGCUAAUGGAAGAGCAGGCCAGGCUUGCUAGGUAGUGUUUAGCUGAUGGGACUUGGUUGUGACUAGCUAUGUUGGAGGAAAUACUGUCUGCUUUGUACAAAUUGCCAUCAUUAAACUCAGUUCAAAGCUUUUUCAA